AUGGAAAAUGAAUUAAAAAUAAAAAGUAGAGAGUCAAUUAGAAUUUACAGAUUAUUCGAAAUUUGGAAGGAAAGAAAAAUUUAUUUGAAAUCAAAAUAUGACAAAAUUUUGGAUUUUGAAUUAAAAAGAAUUGAAGAAAUUAAGAAAGAAGAAAAUUAUUUAGUUGAAAUGGAAUUUGGAUUGAAGAAAUUGGUAGAAGAUGAAAUGGAAAGUGAAGAAAAUUUUUUUGAUAUUGGUAAUCUAAUAAAACAAAAAUGGAUAAAAAUUGAAGAAAAUGGAGGAGGAGGGAAGUUUAAUGAAGAAGAAAAAAUAAAAUUUAAUGAAUGGAUUAAAGGACAGAAUUGGGAAAUUAUUAAAAUAAUAAUUAGAAAUAAUGAAAUUUUUAAAAAACAAAUAAAUAUUGGAGGAAAAGGGUACUUGAUUGAAAUGAACUUUUUGUCAAUUUUGUUAUCAAAUUUGCAAGAAGAGUAUGAAAUUAGAUUAAAAUUUGUUGAUUUAAUAGGGAUAAAAGGAGUUAAAGAAUUUUAUGAAUUAUCUAAAAUAAAGUUUAAUCCAAAGGAUUUUGGAUUAGAAGAUGAGGAAAUUAUGAAAAUUGAAGAAGUGAAGAAAAAAGAUGAAGAAGUUGAUAAAAAGGAGGAAGAAGAAGGGAAGGAAUUAAUAAAAGGUAAAACAAAAAUGUUAGAGAAAUCAAAAAAAUUAUCAGUUUAUGAAGAAAAAAAUAAAAAAGGAAAAAAUUUAAAAAAUAAAAACAAGAAGAGUGAACAUGAUCGGGAAGAAAAUCGAGAAGAUAAGGAAGAUAAAAAUGAAGAAAAGGAAGAAAAUGAAGAAGAAAGUGAAGAAAAUCGAGAAAAGGAAGAAGAGGAAGAAGAGGAGCAUCAAACAAAAAAUAUCCAAGAAGGGGAACCUCUUGAAGAAACAAAAAUAAUUGAUAAAUAUGGCAAAAGACCAAUGGAAGAAUUAGAAAAAGAGGAAGAAAAUAAGCAAGAAAAUACUGACAUACCUUCCUCCAAUCCUUCUUCUUCCUCCCCUCCUUCAAAAAUAAUUUUGCCAAUUUAUUUUUUAAAAAAUGAUUAUUUAAAUGAUUUUUAUAAAGAAUUAAAAAAUCAAAAUGAGGAAAAUAAUUGUUUAUUAAAUGUUGGCAUUUUAAUUAAUGAAAUUGGACGGAAAAUGAGACCAAUAAAAAAAUAUAAAAAAAUUAAAGGAUGGCCAAAUUAUAAAUUAAUUAAUUAUUUAAAAAAUAAAUGGGAAUUUAUGCUGAAUGGAGUAUUUUUGAAGGAAAUAAAUAAUUGUGAGAAGUUAAAAAAUAAACUGGAAUUAUUUUUAAAAGAAUUAAUUGAAUGGGAAAAUGAUAGAAUUGAAAAUAAUUCUGUAAGGUUUUUUAAUAAAAUUAAUUUUGAGAAAUGUAGAGAAUUUAAAUAA